GGGAGGGGGAGGGGCUCGCUCCAAGAUGGCGGCGCCCGUGGUGCGGCGCGGCUGCCUUCUGUCCCGGAACGUGCCUCUGCUUUCGCGCUCCCUGGCAGGUAAAAGAGGCCUGCUUUCUGCAGCGUACGUGGACAGCCACAAAUGGGAAGCAAGAGAAAAAGAACAUUGUCACCUGGCUGAUCUAGCAUCUUUAAUGGAUAAAACAUAUGAGAGAAAAUUGCCUGUUAGUUCUUUAACAAUAUCACGGUUUGUGGACAACAUUUCCUCUAGAGAAGAGAUAGACCAUGCAGAGUAUUACCUUUACAAAUUUCGACACAGCCCCAACUGCUGGUACCUGAGAGACUGGACUAUCCACACCUGGAUUAGGCAGUGUUUAAAAUACGGUGCACAAGACAAAGCCUUAUAUACUCUUGUAAACAAGGUCCAGUAUGGAAUUUUUCCUGAUAACUUUACAUUCAAUUUACUGAUAGAUUAUUUCAUAAAGAAAGAAAAUUACAAAGAUGCUUUAUCUGUGGUUUUUGAGAUCAUGAUGCAAGAAGCCUUUGAGGUACCUUCCACCCAGCUUCUGUCCCUCCAUGUGUUAUACCAUUGCCUGGCCAAGAAGACAGACUGCAGUUGGGAAGAGGAAAGGAACUUUGGUGCAUCCCUGUUACUCCCAGGCCUAAAGCAAAAGAACUCGGUGGGGCUGAGUUCCCAGUUGUAUGGCUAUGCACUUCUUGGGAAGGUGGAGUUGCAGCGAGGGCUGCGGGCUGUGUACCAUAACAUGCCCCUGCUGUGGCAACCCGGCUACCUUGACAGAGCCCUUCAAGUGAUGGAGAAGGUGGCCUCGUCCCCGGAGGAUGGAAAGCUAUGUGCAGAAGCGCUGGCUGUGCUGGACAGAACGCUGACGGCUCUGACUGCCCCGGCCCCGCAGUCUUCAGAGGAACAGCCCCGAGAAGGGGAAGACGGCCAGGGCUCAGGAGACCUGCUAGAGCAGCUGGACAUAGAGGAGACGGAACAGUCCAAGCUUCCCCGGUACCUGGAACAGUUUAAGGACUUGCAGUCUAAGCUUGAGGCCCUGGGCAGAGUUGAGUCAGAGAGCCUUUUGGCUCUGACCACCCGGCUAAUCCAGGAGCAGCUCCCCACCUGUGAAGCCGAGGACAUGGCCACCUAUGAGCAGAAGCUGCAGCAGUGGCAUCUGGAGCGGGUGCACUUGAUUCAGAGGGAGCAGGAGCAGAGGGAGAGGGCAAAGCGGGAACAUGAGGCCCGGAGAGCAGCAAAGGCAGCUGCCUCACAGGCCCACGGGGCCCCAGCGCCCACCACCAGAGCCUCUCUAGAGCCCCGUCCUGGCAUUCCCAGGGACCAUGCAGCAGCCUCGGCCCCCUCUGCCUGCCUGUCCUCCUAAAGCAGGCCGUUUGUGGUAUCAGAGCCACAGUGUUUAACGUCCUAAGGCAGCAUGACUUCCCAUGAGAUGCUGAGAAAGGCUGCAGAACUGUGAGUGGCCAGUGGUCAGACUGAAGCCCCAGCUAAACACCUUAGAUGCGGUGCAUCCAAGGUGUAUGGUGGGGUCAGGGAUCGACGUUUAACACGGAAGGUCCCUGAUCCGAGGGCACCCGGGAGGCUCAGCGGUGGAGUGUCUGCCUGUGGCUCAGGGCGUGACCCUCGGGUUCCGAGAUUGAGUCCCGCAUCGGGCUCCCUGCAGGGGCCUGCUUCUCCCUCUGCCUGUGUCUCUGCCUCUCUCUGUGUAUCUCUCAUGAAUAAAUAAAUAAAAUCUUCAAAAACGAAAGAAAGUUCCUGAUCCAUAGCAGUGGUGGAGGGAAGGGCCAUGGUUCAACAACCUGGUGUCGAGCACAGGCUUCUGAAUAGUCUCUCUCCCCCCAGGGGCAACUGUGUGUCCAGAGGCCUCGUCCCCCCAGCAUCCUCCCCGCCUGAGCUGGGGGUGCGAUGCCCACACAUCUCACCUUUUCCCUCCCCCGUGUCUCCUCCCUGCGGACGUGAAGUUGGAAGAAAUUGAGGACAAGAGUGAACACAGCACCACGAACCUACUGGCUUUCAAAUUUCGGGCACCGCCACUGACCUGUUUAGAAUGGAAGGCCUUUUGAGGAGGAAGCUAGCUCUAGCCCUGAAGCCCCCUUGGCUUGGCUUCUCCAUCUUGUUGGGGUAACUUCUUUCCAAAGCAUUCUCAGCUUCCCCAAGGAGGUAAAGGCUUGCCUCUUGUGUCCACACGUGCACACAUGUACAACCUGUCAACACCCAUUUCGGUUGGAGAAGUCGUAGAAAACUAGAAGCAGGCUGGGGCUUGUGUGCAUGGGAGAUGUGGGUGAUUGUGCAACUGCAACCGUUGGGAGGUGGAAAUUCCUUCCUGAAGUUUCUCUGUGAAAGGGGUCAGGGACGGCUCUUGCUUGCUGUGUAAUUUUGCCUUUAUGUACUGUGUCAUGCUGCUACCCGAGCUUGUGCUCUUUGAUCAGGAACCGGUAGAAAUAAAUGUUCUGGGAUU